AGAGGCGAUCCAAGCAUUAAGCACUGAGCGAAGAUGGGUGAAGAAUCCAGAGAAUCCAAAGCUGAUUCCAAGCUGCCCAAGAUCGCAGAGCAGCCAAACGAUGAGGUGGCUCCAGUGGCUCCGGCGGAUUUCGAGACCGCCAUCGAUGCAGCUGGCUUCGGGAUGUUCAACAUCCUGCUGCUGGUGGCCGCCGUUCCGGCGGCAAUGGGCACCGUCUACGAGACCUCCACGAUGUCCUACAUCCUGCCCAGCGCCGAGUGCGAUCUCAAGCUGAGCCUGCUGGACAAGGGCAUCCUGAAUGCCAUCACCUAUGCGGGCAUGAUCAGUUCAGCGGUGAUGUGGGGCUACCUGGCCGACACGAAGGGCAGGAGAAAUCUCCUCAUAGUGGGCUACGCGGCCGAUACGUUGUGCGUUUUGGGCGGAGCCUUCAGUCAGAAUCGAAUCCAAUUGAUGGUCUUCAAGUAUCUGGGUGGCUUCUGCAUGAGUGGCCCCUUCGCCGUGCUCAUGGCCUAUCUGACGGAACUCCAUGGACGGAAGCAUCGCCAGCGCAUCAUGAUGAUGGUGGGCAUCAUGUUCUCGUUUGCCACGCUUACGCUGCCGGGAUUGGCCAUGCUGAUAUUGCCCCAAACGUGGGACCUGCAUAUCUGGACUUUGACGCUCACAUCCUGGCAAGUUUUCGUCGCCAUCACCGCGCUACCCAGCCUCGCGAGCUUUAUGCUCUUCUUUUUAUUCCCGGAGAGCCCCAAGUUUCUCAUGUCCAAGGGACGCAAUCAGGAAGCCAUGGCUGCCUUUAAGUUCAUAUACCAUCUGAACUCGCGAAAACCCAAGGACUCGUUUCCAAUCAAACUGCUGGCCAAUGAAGUAAUCGUUCCGGAGAAAAGGCACAAGAAGGGUGAAACUGUUCCACCGCCUGAGAUCAAAGUGGCCAUCGAGGCUCCAGCUGAGGUUCAGGAUCCGGAGAAACAGGACGCCAAGAAGAGCUCUCUGCGUUCGGGCUUCACUCAGCUGCGUCCACUUUUCACAAAGCCCUACUUGGGUCUCUCUCUCUGGGUCUACCUUCUCAACUUCUGCGUGCUCUUGGGACAGAACACCAUGCGAUUGUGGCUGCCGCAGCUCUUUGCCUCGAUCAACGAGUACGAACAGCUGAUGGCGGGACAAUCGGAAUCGACGAGCAUUUGCAACAUCCUGGAGUUCAGUGUUAAUCGCACCCAAAGCCAGCUGGAGGCAGCCACUCGAAAAGAUCUCGACGCCGAGUGCGUUGUGAAUAUAACCGCCUCUUCGUAUACCAACAAUCUGAUUGUGGCCGCUGCAGGCUUAGUGGCCUACAUGCUGGCCGGAUUCCUGGUGAAUCUCGUAGGCGUCAAGCGCAUCAUGACCCUGGGACUCUUCGUAGCUGGCUGCUGUUCUAUUGGGAUGUACUGGUCCAAUACGGCGAUUUCUACAGUGGCCAUUGCCUCACUGUUCGUGACCAUGGGCAGCAUAUCGGCCACUUCGGUGAUCAGUGCCUCAGUCAAUCUCUUUCCCACCUCGCUGAGGACAAUGAUUGUCUCGCUGGAAAUGAUGUUCGGCCGUUUGGGCUCGCUGCUAGGAAAUAUUUUCUUCCCCGCUCUGAUGGGUUUGGGCUGUGUGCCUCCGUUCCUAAUGAUCAGUUCGUUCAUGCUGGCUGGAUGCCUGAUGGCCGCCUUCCUGCCGCUGAAGAACAAGGCUGCCCUGAAGUGAAUGUCAGCUCCUUUUGGACCGACCGUAACAAGUUUCCAACAACUCAGUGUUCCAUUCCACUGCUGUACAUAGUGUAUUUAACUUAAUUCUUAGAUUAGUUCCUUAGUUUGUGUCGCCACUUUUUACACUCUUGCAGAGGUUGCAAUAUUUGAGGAAA